GAUGAAGCCUCUGGUGGGACGUUUCGAUUACUGAGGUGAGAUAUGCUGCUUGAAAUAAUUGAACGUCCUGAUGCCUCGUGACGCCCUUCUUCCUCAGGGCUUUUUGCCCAUGGGAUCCGUUAAAUUAGCUCGUUUCCUAGUCGACCUCGAUGAGCCCCAGGCAGAUAUUCACGACCCCGACAUCGAUGUCGACCCUGAAAAGCACAUCAUUGUGUCCGAAAAUCAGAAUUAUACCGGGAACGACCGGGCUGACUCUACUCAUCGCUUCCGAGCAGCCCUUCCGAGCUUGUUGUCCGGCUCAGUCGAGAAGAUGGUGGGCGCAACAACCAGAGUCGACACCAGAAGUGUCAAAACGUACCAGCUCUCAAAACCUGCCACCUUCUUCAAACAGGCUGUCAAGCAACCUGAGACACGCUCGUAUAUCCAAGAGCAGCACGAUAAUGGCUUUUCCAAUGUGUUUUACAUCGUGGGUUACAUUACCAUGUUGGACACCAAGGUGCUUGUUGGUGAAGGGCAAGGUGCCGAUCUCGCGGCUCGAGCACAGCUUCCUGUGAAGGAAAUCCUCGCAUCAGGUGGUGUCGCGCUUCCAGUUGGAGGCAUUACGGACCCUGAACUCUCUGCAGAGGUUAAGAAAUCCCGAGACUCCAGAGCUGAAUUUGUGGCCAGCGGCGAGCGUGUUUGUGCCUUUCAAUAUCGCAAAGUGAAAUUCAAGUGGUUCUCCAGCAAGAAUAUUGACAAGGCUACACUUGACACGGCUACGAGGUGGCACACAAGGGGUGUACAGCGUGAUAUGAAACCUCCGGAAGAGCUCGAGGAGGACGAUGUGCUAGAAGUUGAACUUGAGGAUGAUAGUGAAUUAUCUGACGAGGAUAACGUUGAUGGAUGAAUAAGUGCGUGUCGGUGAAUUGCUUAAAGAGACUCGCGUGUUGAAAAUAUUUUAAACAGGAGUUAAGGCUAUUGACAAAGGAAUAUUUAAG